AUGAUCAGGCAAGAGUAUGACGCGAAGGCUAAGGACUUGGUUCAGAGUAAUGAAAGAAAAUGCAAGAAAAUCGAGGAGGACUCGGAACUCCGAAAGAAGCAGGAAGUUCAUGAGAUCGAAGAACGAAAAAAUCAGCAUAUUAUUGAGCUCAUGAAGAAGCACGAAAAAGCCUUUGCGGAUAUUAAAUUCUACUACAAUGACAUCACGCAGAACAACUUAGAUCUCAUCAAGACGCUCAAGGAAGACAUUACAGACAUGAAGAAGAAAGAGCAAGCAAACGAGAAAUUCAUGUACGAGAUUGCUCAGGAAAAUAAGCAUUCAAUGGAGCCCCUGACGAAGGCCCUGAAAGAACUGGAUGUACUUCGCAAGCACAUUCAAGUCUUGGAAAAGGUUCAAGAAGAUAAAGACGAUCUCUACGCCAGGUUCGAGUCUUGCAUUUUCGAUGUCCAACAGAAGUGUGGCCUUAAGAGCAUGCUCUUGGAAAAGAAGCUCCAUGUUGUCCAAGAACAACUGGAAAAGAAGGCACACGAUUCUAUCGUCAAGGCUUUCGAGGUUAAACUAGCGGCGUUGGGCAUCCCCUUGCAAGAGAUGGGCUUGCCUUACUAUCUAUCAAAGAUCCAGCUUUGA